AUUUCUACCAGUAUAUAACAAGAAAACACGACCAGGCGAGCCUCUGGUUUCAUUUCUUAAAGGGAAUUCAAAAUACCCUUAUUUGAAAAAAUAAGCUGCAGAGGUCUAGCCUUCUAUUGACAUGACUGACCACAGGUCCUUCUUAAUGAGAACAAUAUUAUCCAUCCACACCCAUAGCACUGGUUGGACGUCAGGGCUAAUCCGUCUCGGUGAUGACAAGACUGCACAUUAUAAAAUAAAUGCCUGAUCACGACCUGGACUGAGCUCAUCUCAGGGUCCCUGGGUUAUAUAUUUACACUGCUCCCUUCUCCGAGGCGCGCUCACUUACGCUGCUUUGUCAAUGUGCCUGCUUGAAGUAGCUGGGAAGCUACAGAUAUCGAGAUCACUAGUUUAAAAACACCGACAAGAACUGUACAAAGAAGAGACGCGCAGAGAGAAGGUGGGACAUUCACCGCACUGAGGUUCAUUUCUCUAAAGGAAAGACAAGCACUGUUCUGAAGAAGUCUGAGAAAAACCAACAUGUGAUUAAAACCCCUUCUUAUACCAAUUCAAGUAACAGUUUCUUUAAACGCAUUUAACAUUGAAUCAUCCUCCACCUGAAACCUAACCAUGGAAGAUACUGAUUUCAGCGUCCAGCAGCUGCAGCCCAAUGUCAUUUCGGUGAGGCUUUUCAAAAAGAAGGUUGGUGGCCUCGGGUUUCUGGUGAAGCAACGCGUCUGCAAGCCUCCCGUCAUUGUAUCCGAUCUGAUCAGGGGAGGGGCUGCAGAAGAAAGUGGUCUUGUUCAAGUAGGAGAUAUCGUCCUAGCGGUUAAUAACAAGCCAUUGGUGGAAAUGAGCUAUGAGAGGGCUUUGGAAAUGCUGAAGAACAUCUCUCCAGAGACUUAUGUGGUUCUGAUUCUGAGAGGCCCGGAGGGAUUCAGCACUCAUCUAGAGACUACCUUCACUGGAGAUGGAAGAUCAAAGACUAGCAGAGUCACCAGACCUCUGUUUCCGGUGCCCAAGCCUAUCGAUUGCUCUACACCGGCAGGCAUGCAAAGUAACAAAGAACCGUUCAGAGCUGUAGACCAGGAACCAAGCCCCCUCGUUCAGGUCAAUGGCGUUGAGUCCUCCUUGAUCAGCCAAGAUGUUCUGAAAGAGGGUGAUGGCUCAACAGAUCACAGUCCCAACUCCCGUACCAAUGGUGGGGCUGGAAAUAAUGACCUUCUCAAAGAAAUCGAGCCAGUAUUGAAUUUGCUAAAGCACAGCAAAAGGGAGCUCAAUGGGGAAGGCUUACAUAAGACUGAGAAACGAGAUGUGGAGGUUCAAGUGGGCAGGGAGCUGGCCCAGGUGACUCAGAAAUCGCUACAGCUGGCCGUGGACAAUGACAGAGUGUUUGAUGACCUGUGGGGAAAGGACAACAUGCCAGUGGUCCUCAACAACCCUUAUUCUGAGAGCGUGCAGCCCUCGCCCCCAGGAAGAGUAUCACCUACCAAGAAUUUGCCAAAUGGCAGCCCGUCCAAAUGUCCUCGAUUCAUGAAAAUAAAGAACUGGGAAACUGGCUGCCUGUUUAAUGAUACUUUGCAUUUAAAAUCAAGUAAGUUGCCAAUCUGCACAGAACAGGUUUGCAUAGGCUCUGUGAUGACCCCAAACCAGCAUGUGAGAACAAACGAAGAGUUACUUCCACUUGCAACUGAUUUCAUUGACCAAUACUACACCUCCAUAAAAAGAUUUGGCUCCAAGGCUCACGUUGACAGACUGGAAGAAGUGACUAAAGAAAUUGAAGUUUCCGGGACCUAUCAGUUAAAAGACACAGAGCUCAUUUAUGGGGCUAAGCAUGCCUGGAGGAACGCAGCCCGGUGUAUUGGAAGGAUUCAGUGGUCCAAACUGCAGGUGUUUGAUGCCAGGGACUGUACCACAGCUCACGGGAUGUUCAAUUACAUCUGCAAUCACAUCAAGUACGCUACCAACAAAGGAAACCUCAGGUCUGCUAUCACUAUAUUCCCCCAGAGGACAGAUGGCAAGCAUGACUUCCGCGUUUGGAACAGUCAGCUGAUCCGCUAUGCUGGCUACAAGCAGCCGGAUGGCUCUAUUCUGGGAGAUCCUGCCUCUGUGGAACUAACUGAGAUCUGCAUUCAGCAAGGAUGGAAGCCGCCUAAAGGACGCUUUGAUAUCCUCCCUCUCUUGCUUCAAGCCAAUGGCAAUGAUCCAGAGCUCUUUGAGCUGCCUGCAGAUCUGAUCUUGGAAGUGCAUAUGAAACACCCCAAGUUUGACUGGUUCAAAGACCUCAGCCUGAAAUGGUACGGGCUCCCGGCAGUGUCCAGCAUGCUCCUGGAGGUCGGAGGUCUGGAGUUCACAGGCUGCCCCUUCAGUGGCUGGUACAUGGGAACAGAGAUCGGGGUCCGGGACUAUUGUGACAGCUCUCGCUACAACAUUCUGGAGGACGUAGCUAAAAGAAUGGGACUGGAUACCAGAAAGACAUCGUCUCUGUGGAAAGACCAGGCAUUAGUGGAGGUUAACAUUGCUGUUCUGCACAGUUUCCAGAGCUCGAAGGUCACCAUAGUGGACCAUCACUCCGCCACAGAGUCCUUCAUGAAGCACAUGGAGAAUGAGUUCCGGGUCCGAGGAGGCUGCCCUGGGGACUGGGUGUGGAUCGUGCCUCCCAUGUCAGGGAGCAUCACGCCUGUCUUUCACCAGGAGAUGCUAAACUACCGUCUGACUCCCUCCUUUGAGUAUCAGCCUGACCCUUGGAAUACUCAUGUCUGGAAAGGGGUUAAUGGAACACCAACCAAAAAGAGGACUAUUGGAUUCAAGAAGCUGGCAAAGGCUGUCAAGUUUUCUGCAAAGCUAAUGGGCCAGGCUCUGGCGAAGCGAGUCAAAGCGACCAUACUGUAUGCCUCUGAAACUGGGAAGUCUCAAGUCUGUGCAAAAACCUUGUGUGAAAUUUUCAAGCACGCUUUUGACGCAAAGGUCAUGUCUAUGGAUGAGUAUGAUGUCGUGCACCUGGAGCAUGAAACCCUUGUUCUGGUGGUGAGCAGCACAUUUGGAAAUGGGGACCCACCUGAAAAUGGGGAGAAAUUUGCCAGUGCUUUAAUGGAAAUGAGGCAUCCCCACUCCAGCUCUGAGGAGAGAAAGAGUUACAAAGUUCGCUUCAACAGCGUCUCUUCUUACUCGGACGCUCGGAAAUCUUCGAGCGAUGAACCUGAGCCUCGAGACAACUUCGAAAGCACUGGGCCUCUAGCAAACGUCAGGUUUUCUGCAUUUGGCCUGGGAUCCAGGGCCUAUCCUCAUUUCUGUGCCUUUGCCCGGGCAGUGGACACUCUGCUGGAGGAGCUGGGCGGGGAGCGCAUCCUCAAGAUGGGGGAAGGGGAUGAGCUCUGCGGACAGGAGGAGUCUUUCCGAACCUGGGCCAAGAAGGUGUUCAAGGCGGCCUGUGACGUGUUCUGCGUGGGGGACGAUGUGAACAUCGAAAAGGCAAACAACUCCCUAAUCAGCAACGACCGCAGCUGGAAGAGAAGCAAAUACCGCCUGACCUACAGAGCCGAGGCGCCCGAGCUCACACAAGCACUCUUCAGCAUCCACAAAAAGAAGGUCUCUGGAGCAAAACUCCUGUCUCGGCAAAACCUGCAAAACCCCAAAUCCAGCAGCCGCUCCACAAUAUUCCUGCGUCUCCACACAAACGACCACGAGGACCUCCGGUACGAGCCUGGGGACCACCUGGGGGUCUUCUCAGGAAACCACGAGGACCUGGUCACAUCCCUCCUGGACAAGCUGGAGGACGCCCCUCCAGUCAACCAGAUUGUGAGGGUGGAGUUCUUAGAGGAGAGGAACACAGCUUUGGGUGUGAUUAGUAACUGGACAGACGAGAAUCACAUUCCGCCUUGCACCAUAUUCCAAGCCUUCAAAUAUUUCCUGGACAUCACAACCCCGCCCAACCCUCUCCUGCUCCAACAGUUUGCUGCUCUGGCAACGAGCGACAAGCAGAGGAAGAAGCUAGAGGUUCUGAGUAAGGGGCUGCAGGAGUACGAGGAAUGGAAGUGGUGCAACAACCCCACCAUCGUGGAGGUGCUGGAGGAGUUCCCCUCUCUUCAGAUCCCCUCCACCCUGCUUCUCACACAGCUGCCUCUGCUGCAGCCCCGCUACUACUCCAUCAGCUCCUCCCCCGACAUGUACCCGGGAGAGAUUCAUCUCACUGUGGCUGUAGUCUCAUAUCGCACAAGAGAUGGUGAAGGACCUAUUCAUCAUGGGGUCUGCUCCUCUUGGCUCAACAGGAUAGAAACAGAUGAGACUGUGCCAUGCUUCGUAAGAGGAGCUCCAUCAUUCCGGAUGCCCAAAGAUCCGAAGGUGCCGUGCAUUCUGGUGGGGCCGGGGACUGGAAUUGCUCCUUUCAGAAGCUUUUGGCAGCAGCGCCUCUACGAUAUUGAACACAAGGGCAUAAAACCAAGUCCUAUGAUUCUUGUGUUUGGCUGCCGGGAAUCCAAAAUCGACCACAUCUACAAAGAGGAGACCAUUCAAGCCAAAAAUAAAGGUGUUUUCAAAGAACUUUACACAGCAUACUCCCGGGAGCCUGGGAAACCAAAGAAAUAUGUUCAGGAUGUCCUGCGGGAGCAGCUGGCCGAGCUGCUUUACAGCACCUUCGAGGAGCAGGGUGGCCACGUGUACGUGUGCGGGGACGUGACCAUGGCUGGAGAUGUACUGAAGACCAUCCAGAACAUCGUGAAGCUGCAGGGGAACAUGACCCUGGAAGACGCCGGCUUCUACAUCAGUAAACUGAGGGAUGAAAACCGAUAUCAUGAAGAUAUCUUUGGUGUCACACUGCGCACCUACGAGGUUACAAACAGACUCAGAUCAGAAUCUAUUGCGUUUAUUGAAGAAAGCAAAAAGGACUCUGAUGAGGUUUUCUGUUCCUAGUACCACACAGAGUCUUUACCUUAUACAGCCACCAGGGGGAGCUCCUGAUGCCCAAGCUUCGCACUGCCGCUCAUCAAGUAUACUGUGCCAAGUUUUAUACUGAAAACGUGCCAUCACUAUUUUCUACAGGAAAUGCUUUGUACCUGUCCGGCUGUGUAGUCGUCCUGUGUCUUUUUUGCUAAAGUGUACCUUUUUUAAAUGCGUCUGCGAUGACUGUUGCUGAGACAGCGCUGUUGCGUGUGCCUGUAUUCAAGCAUCGAUUUACUGCAUGAGAAGAAAUAUGUUCUAUAUUUACUAUUUCAAUGUUACAAUGUAUGCCUUUACCUAAAAAAGGGAAAUUAAAAAAAAGAUGAUUACUGGCCCUAUUUACAAAGCUUAAAGUACUUAAAGUUUCAUAGGCAUGAAACUUUUCUAGG